AUGUCCAAUGAAACCAAAGAUCUUAACAACUAUCACUACACUUCAUCGUAUGAUCAUUACAACAACAUUAACAGCCAAAGUGUUAUGAAUCUCCCUUACGUUUCUGGUCCAUCCACUUAUAAUGCAAACAUUAUCUCACCCCAAAUCGGUUCUGAUCUACACUCGAGUCCCCAAGGAGCGUACGGAUUGGGUUUCGAGCUAUCGCCAUCUUCCACCGAGUUUUUCAAUUCUCAAGAAAAUGAUUUUUAUAGUGCAUAUAAUUAUAAUAUUAGUCACAAGAGUCAUGAAGUUGUCGGUGGUGGUGGUGCAAUCGGUGAGAGUGAAACUAAGGUUUCUGCAUCCCCUUCUUCGAGUGAGGCCGAUCAUCAUAACGGCGAAGAUUCAGGCAAGAGCCUGAUGAAAAGAGAAGCCUGCGAUGGACUUAAAGAUGAUCAAAGUUCUCAGAAAGUAGUUAAAACCAAGAAGAAAGAGGAGAAGAAGCAAAGAGAGCAACGAGUCUCGUUUAUGACGAAGACAGAAGUUGAUCAUCUCGAAGACGGCUAUCGUUGGAGGAAGUACGGCCAAAAGGCAGUCAAAAACAGUCCUUAUCCGAGGAGUUACUAUAGAUGCACGACGCAGAAGUGCAACGUGAAGAAGAGAGUUGAGAGAUCUUAUCAAGAUCCAACAGUCGUGAUCACAACCUACGAGAGUCAACACAACCAUCCGAUCCCGACCAGUCGCCGUACGGCAAUGUUCUCUGGACCCGCCGCAUGUAGUUAUAACUCAUCGUCUCUAUCUCCAGUUUCAAAUUUUAUCAUCAAUACUCAAAGAACCUUCUCACAAGAUGAUCUCUUCGGUGCGCCAUACGCUAGUAUGAAUGUAAACGCUAAUUAUCAGCAACAACAAAACCAAGAAUUUCAGCGUGAUUAUGAGCUUUUGAAGGAUAUGUUUCCUUCAGUUUUCUUCAAGCAAGAACCUUGA